AUGUGUCGAGAUAUUCGAAGUCUCUUCAAGCUCAGCGUCUCUUCGGCCUUUCUGGCUAGUGCCUCUGAAUUGUUGGAAGCUGCGACUCUGCAGCAGCCUCUUUCUACAUCCCACCUACUCUCAGCCCUCUUUGCCGAGGCGGCUCAUUACAAGCCAUUCAAUUUAUGCUCCGUGGUAGCAAGCAUGAUGUUCCAGACGCCAGAGCAAGCGACAACCGAUAGCAGCAGUUCUGGACGGCCAGUACCUCUGCGUUGGACCGACAUUGGUGGUUAUGAUGAAGUUAAACACCUGCUGCAAGAGAGUGUGCAGGACCGUCUAGCAAACCGAGUUGAUCCAGACAGCUGGGAAUACCGUCUUGACGAUUGUCUUGGUCUCUCAGUGCCCCGUGGCAUCCUGCUUCAUGGGCCUCCAGGUGAGUUUGCUACGUUAAGUCGGUCAUUAGGGUGA